AAAAUAUCACCAAACUGCUCACUUCCUUGUCACUGUAUCCACUGACUCGCCGCCUGCACAUGUCUCAAUUGCAAUACCAAGAUUUGAUACGCAGAGCUCAAAGGGAGGUUGGUGACCUGAGCCUGAAAGCUUACUUUCCACUGUAUGUUUGUAUUGGACGGAAACCUCGGCGUUGACGGGCAGUGGAACGAUGCCAAGCUUGGUGUUGCCAUACCUCAUAGCUUCAGGGUUCGUCAACCGGGUCAAGACGUCAACACAAGUCAGAGUGGAUGCUUCAGCUCAAAAGGGGUCAGUAAAAUGAACGGCAUUGUAUGCAUGGUCCAUCGUUGUCGUCCAAAGGAGAAAGACAGAUAACGCAAUACAUACAACAUCUCUGUU